AUGGAGGAGUUCGAAGCGUCUAAUUUCAGCGAGGUAUUUUCAAUCUUUGAUGCGGAUAAGGAUGGGCUCAUCUCGGCAUGCGAUUUAAGAAUCGCACUGGCAAAACUCGGCUUUGAGAUUUCUUCAGAAGAUGCUGCCAACAUGAUUCAAGUGGAAACCCACAACGGAAGCGAUUAUCUGACGUACUUAGAAUUCUUCAAAAUCAUCCAGGGCAAAAAUUUUAAUAACUUCGCGAAGAAAAUCGAUAUGAGAAAAUCAGUUUGA